CUCCUUAGAUCUCUCUUGAAGAGGGCUGGUAUAUUUGUGCCUGCUGGAGGUGGAAUUAACUGUAAGAAGGAGAAAAGAUUGAAUGGAUUUACAGGAAGGAUUUCAAGUAAACUCAGGGAAACACAUUUACUUGAACAGUAUAACCUUGGGUCUUAUUUUACACUGAGACCAUACAAGAGAUGUUCAAGUUAUCACUAGGCUGCCGGACAAAUAUAAUUCCAACAGCAAGGUGCAGAUCAGCGUAGAUCUGUGAUUCUGACCUCAGGAUCUGUCUUGGAAAGAGUUCAAGCACUGAGAAGAAGUCAGAGCCAGUGAAGAGAACUUGGGAUCUACAGUUUAUCAGAAGACCAGCUUUCGUCAGUUCAAAUACCAAAGGCCUGAUUAUCAUAAAUUCACAUAGGAAUGCAUAGGUUAUUUGAUCAAAUACUUUUAGCCAGCUUUUGCUACAUCAAUACUGCAAGAGUUCUUAACAACUGUGGAUAAUUUGAAAUCUGAAUUUCAGCUUUCUUAGAAAUAACUACUCUUGACGUAUUUUAAAAUAUUUAAAACAGGAGAAGAAAAUGGAGUGAGGAUGAUGUGUUCAGAAAUAUCACUGUCAUGAAGAAUAGGUAAAUUUGUUUUUACAACUUUACAGCUACUGGAAAAGCAUACCUCCAAGGAACCUGGAUCAUUAUUAUUUUUAAGUGGACAAGAAGGAUUAAAAAUACCGACUCUUGCUUUUGUACAAAAAUGCGUUGGACUGUAUUUUUACUUAGGGGUAUUGUGGGCUUCCUCUGGAGCGGCUGGGUUCAAGUGGGUUGUGCAAAAGGGGGUUUGGGAGACAAUCAUGUUCACUCCAGUUUUAUUUAUAGAAGACUGCGGAACCAUGAAAGACGGGAAAUACAGAGGGAAAUUCUCUCUAUUUUGGGUUUACCUCACAGACCCAGGCCGUUCUCACCUGGAAAACAGGCAUCUUCUGCACCCCUCUUUAUGCUGGAUCUGUACAAUGCCAUGGCCAGCGAGGAGAAUCCUGAAGAGUCGGAAUACUUGGUGAGGGUAUCCCUGGCAGGAGAGGCCAAGGAGGCAAGAAAGGGGUACCCAGCCUCUCCCAAUGGGUAUGCUCACCGUGUGCAGUUAUCUCCAAGGAUUCCUCUCACUACCCAGAGCCCCCCUCUCGCCAGCCUACACGAUACCAACUUUCUGAAUGAUGCUGACAUGGUCAUGAGCUUUGUCAAUUUAGUUGAAAGAGACAAGGACUUUUCUCAUCAGAGAAGGCAUUACAAAGAGUUUCGGUUUGAUCUGACCCAGAUUCCACACGGAGAAGCAGUGACAGCGGCCGAAUUCCGGAUAUAUAAGGACAAGAGCCACCAUCGAUUUGAAAAUGAAACAAUUAAGAUUAGCAUCUAUCAGAUCAUCAAGGAAUACACAAAUAGGGAUGCAGAUCUUUUCCUGUUGGACACGAGGAAGGCACAAGCUUUGGAUGUGGGUUGGCUUGUCUUCGAUAUCACUGUGACCAGCAACCAUUGGGUGAUUAACCCACAGAAUAAUUUGGGUUUACAGCUCUGUGCAGAGACGGGGGAUGGACGCAGCAUUAAUGUAAAAUCUGCUGGUCUUGUGGGAAGACAUGGACCUCAGUCAAAACAGCCAUUCAUGGUGGCCUUCUUCAAGGCAAGUGAGGUACUUCUUCGAUCUGUGAGAGCAGCCAGCAAACGGAAAAAUCAAAACCGCAACAAAUCCAGUUCUCAACAGGACCCCUCCAGGAUGUCCAGUGCUGGAGAUUAUAAUACCAGUGAACAAAAACAGGCCUGCAAGAAGCAUGAGCUCUAUGUGAGUUUCCGGGAUCUGGGAUGGCAGGAUUGGAUUAUAGCACCAGAAGGGUAUGCUGCAUUUUAUUGUGAUGGAGAAUGUUCUUUUCCACUUAAUGCUCAUAUGAAUGCCACCAACCAUGCCAUAGUCCAGACUCUGGUACACCUGAUGUUUCCGGACCACGUGCCCAAGCCUUGUUGUGCUCCAACCAAGCUAAAUGCCAUCUCUGUUCUGUACUUUGACGACAGUUCCAAUGUCAUUUUGAAGAAAUACAGAAACAUGGUAGUACGUUCAUGUGGCUGCCACUAG